AAUACCAAAAUAUGUGGGAUCCUAUCAGCCAUAAAAUUUUGUGCAUUAAUAAGUUGAAAAUUUCAAUCCUAAUACUCGACAGAAAAGAUAAACUGAGUAGAGGAAUAUUUAUGUCUGUCUGUCGUCUUGUCUACUUACUUGCAUCAACUAACUGUGGUGGGUUAAUUAAUAAUAAACCCAAGUUACUCAUCCAAUUGGUCGGUGGUAAUCAAGAAAUUAUUAUGAAUGGGAUUGCAAGAGACCAAGCAGACUACACAUGUGCUUCUGAGACCACAUAUCCCACUGGAGAAGCAAGAAAUGAGUAAUAAUAGGUAUACAAGAGGUCGCAUGUGUUUCCUCUGGAUAUGGAUGGAUUGUUAAAGAUGAUGUUUGUGUUCAAUAAACGGAUAGGACAUCGUGACUUAUAUCUAAUGGUAAAACAUAAAAUUAUCCACGUCAGUAUGCCUAUGAUUUAUU